AUGAUUUCACUCAAACAGCAGCCAGAUGGCUCUCCUAUGGACCGCAAACAAGCGGUACCCUCUGCCUCUAGUGCGCGAGUUGUCCCCAAGCCUGUGCCCGAAGCUCAGGUCCAGGACCCGCGCGGUUUUCAGAUUGGACAGCUCAAGAAGAGAUUCUCACCCAAUGAAUCUACAACUUCGGAGGGAGAUACAUCGCUGGUGUUCAAGCUGAAACCCUCGGACCCAGAUUUUCCCUUUGAACUGCCCUACUUGGACUGUGAUGUCCGCAUUCCGGAAGAGUAUCCGGAGGAAAGGCCGGUACUGCAUGUUAGGAACAAGGAUAUCCCCAAAGGGUUCAGCAUCAACAUUGAGAGAGGCUGGGAGAGGCUAGCUGAGGAGAAGAAGGGCUCAACUCUGUUGGCCCUGGUGUAUGCUCUUGACAGAAACCUGGAACGAUUUCUGUCGGAGCAGAAGGUGGAAACGAUUAAGCUCGUGUCGUUCAAGGACACGAGGCACCUUGAUUCAGCAGCGGAACUUCAACCGUCCGUGGCUGCCAAUUCUUCCUUUGCGGAAAAGGACAGCUCUCCUGCUCCUACACCUCCCCCGAGACGCUAUAUCCCGGAGCCCUCGUAUACCAGAGAGCAAAUCACCGAGGCAAAGGCCAGGCGAGCUCAAGAGAUCCGCCAGCUUGAGGCGAGAAUGGGAAGAAUGGCCCAGUUUCGUCGAUCUGGAGAUGGUGUCAUCUUUACGCUACCACUCGAGCCAAAACGCCGUGCUGAACUCCCCUCUGGGCUGCACUCUGUUAACAGCAUCCACUUGAUCAUCCCGCUCUUAUAUCCGCUACAGCAGCUGCGCGUUCAGCUAAAUGAAGCGAAUGCUGAAGAUGCGGAACCAAUAGAAGAUCUCUUUGCAGAAAAGGCUGCGGAGCAGAAGCAAAUGACUCUCAUGAGCCAUGUAAAUUACUUGGCUCAAAACCUGCAUAAUCUAGCUAAACAGGCGCAUGCCCUGGCAGCAAAGGCUGAGAAGGAAAAGGCAGCCGCUGCUACAGCCGCAGCAGAAGCGAUGGCCGCGGCGAAAGGAAAGCAGCCACAGACUCCCGAGAAUUCUUCGUCUGGCUUACCACAGCCGUUUGGCAAGGAAAAGGGCCACAUUCAAGUCAUUGCUCGACCCCCUGAGUGGAAUGUCGGCUACGAAGAUGAUGAAUUAGAGGACAGCUACUCCGACUCGGAUGACGCAGACGAAGGAGGAGCGGUAUUGGGAGGCGAAGACGAGGAUACGAGAGCACCACCAUCUGCUGAUGAGGUUGAACACGGCACCAUGAUAUCGUUUCCGAAUGUCGAACUUCACAGCAUUGAGCUUUUACAGAUAUCGCUUCUAAGCCUCAGCGUCAAGUGCGAGCGAUGCAAGACUCUAAAUGACAUCACGGGACUCAAGCCAUCAGUCGAAAAGGCGACCAGCUGCAAGAAAUGCGCGACGCCUCUCUCCGCAAAGUUCAACCAGCAGCUCGUUCAUGAGAAUUCAGCAAGAGCUGGCUUUAUUGAUCUGUCAGGAUGCAAGGUAGCAGAUAUGCUGCCCAGUACUUUUGUGCCUACGUGCGCCAAAUGUUCGACCCCCAGCCAAGGCCUCGUUUCCGUCAGGGGCGAGACCACAGCCAACGUCUGCCGCGAGUGCCACAGCAAAUUCACCUUCAAAAUCCCCGAAGUCAAGUUCCUCUUUGUCUCUCCGGGAUCGCUGCCCCCGCCCGCGGCCGGCAUGCGGCGGAAGCAAGAGAAACUCGGGCUCCACGCGGGAGACCAACUCCCGGAGCGGGGCACCUGUAGCCACUACCGCAAGUCGUAUCGGUGGUUCCGUUUCUCAUGCUGUAACCGCGUGUACAAGUGUGACAAGUGCCACGACCAGGCGGAGGAUCAUAUCAACGAGUGGGCCAACAGGAUGAUUUGCGGGUUUUGCAGCCGCGAGCAAAACUACGCCGUCGAAGCGUGUCGCUUCUGUGGUCGUAGUGUGAUUGGCAGAAGAGGCAAGGGAUUCUGGGAAGGGGGUAAAGGAAACAGAGACAAAGUUACAAUGAGGAGGAAGGAUCCGAGGAAGUAUAAGAGAAUUGGGACAUCUGCGGCGACGAAGAAAGAUUAA